UGGGAUACCGCCGGACAAGAGCGAUGCGGAGCUAUAACUUCCGCCUCCUACCGAGCGACUUCGGGGGCUCUCCUCGUCUACAUUAUAAGUAUGCAUCAGACCCACAAC